GUUUUUAAAGAAAAUACGUUAAGAAAAUGUUGUGGCUUUACAUUUUCAGUUUAGCGAUAAAAAUAGUGGUAACAGCGAAGAGUUCCGGCAACGCCCGUAACAGCAUUCCUAUCAACAGACUCUACACCACAUCUCGUCCCAUCCUGCUGGCUGUAGAGCCCGAGAGAGCACGGACUGAAUGGCGGUAUGACAAUGCGUCACACUGGCCAGGCCGCCUCUGCCGCGAAGGAGUAGGCAAGCGCCAGUCCCCUAUCAACAUCCGAACAGAGUCAGUAGUGCCUGAUUCAGGCAAACAGUUCAUCAAGUACGGCCCGCUGCGGUUACAUGGGUACCAGAGUGUGCUGUGUUCUGGCGUCAACAACGGACGAACGAUCCAAUUCACAAUGGAUGGCGACGAAGCUAUGCACCCGACAUUGACCGGAGGUCCCCUGAGGUACCUGUAUCGACUCGAGCAGUUGCACUUCCACUGGCUGUCUGAGCAUGCCGUCAACGGUUACAAGUAUCCAAUGGAGAUCCACUUUGUCCACAUCCGGGCCGAUCUGACUAUUGGCGAGGCUCUGCGGAAGAGAGACGGCAUCGCCAUCAUUGCUGUAUUUGGUAAUAUAAAGUCGGAGAUAGAGAACGACGAGAACUUCAUAGCGGGUGAGAUGAUUGAGGAAGUGAUGCGACAACUGCCGCAGCUGACCCGGCUCGGGGACCGGCUCAGCGGGAUCGUCAUGAAUAUGUCGAGGCUACUGACAGGGAGCCAGCAGUCAUAUGUGACCUACUCCGGGUCUCUGACGUCACCGGAGUGCAACGAGGUGGUCACCUGGAUCAUACUGGACAACCCGAUCUACAUGACGUACGGACAGUACAAAGACUUCCUAGACCUAGCCCAGACCCGGUACAACUUCCGGCGCCUCCAAGACACUAACGUGACUGUGUACCGGCCGGCCACGAAAUACCCACAGCCCAUGAUCUUCGGAGUCUUCUCCAAUAUGGUCGGUUAUGUCUCCAACUUCUUCAAAAUGUUCAGGAGUAUGAAUAGGGUGGUAAAGAAUGACUCGCAAUAAUUUCUAAGAUACAGAAAUACAUCGGAGAAAUGCCAAUAACAUAACUAGUGGAAGAAAUUCCGCAGGACCCAAAGAUUUUUGUGUAAAUAGAGUGAUCAUUAAAAAAGUGUAACUAUACCUAGUCUUAGAGCCCAGGGUCCAUUUUCUGAUAUUUUCUUCAUUUCGCUCGAUUUUAAAUUCUCUAGGGGUACUAGGAGGUUUAC